AUGCUACGGUCGGCCUACAGUCCACGUGCCAAGGAGACGCGCGACAGCUCCAAACCCGUACACGAGAUGGCGUCGCAGGGUCUGAAGACCGUGCAUCUGACUAAGCCAGGCUGUGAAAUGCGCCCGUUAGCCAGCAUCCACGGGGAUGAGAUUGGCAUUCGUGACAAGGAGAAGGAGUCUGGGUACAUGGGCUCGAGCAUGAGCACUUCGCCCGGCUCUUUUCAGAUGCAGACGACGCCGACGUUGGACGUCCACUCGCCGGCUUCGAGCACUGAGAACUGUUGUCACUACACUUGCUGGGAUGGAUUUACGGACUCCCUUGAGACUCACCGGUUCAGCGCCGAGUGCAUGCACGGCUGUUCUCCGCCAUGUGAAGCGCCCAAUGGUUUCAUCAAGGGCGGCAAAUCGUUUAUGUCGGCAGAAACAGUGUUUACGUGCGACAAAGGGUCCUGCGAUGGUUUUGGGAAGGUGGAUAAAGGCCUCUCGCCGCGUGUUGUUGGUGGGGUGGAAACAACGGAGCCGUCGGAUGCGAUUUCAAGUGACAUAUCGCCGACUUGCUACGACAGUUGUUCCGAUUGUACAGUGUCUAAGCUGGCCACAGGUCGUGUUCGGAGUCCGUGCAACGGGGACUCAAGUUCCGCGUCCGGCUCGCCCACUGGCGCCGGGGAGUACGGCUACACGAGCUCCGUGAAGAGUGUCGACUCUCACCUUGCUGAGGUAGAGGUGGACGGGAAAAGUGUUGUGGAAAAUGAAGAUCGCAGCGUGCAGCGCAAUGUUUGCCGUAAACCUUUUAGGCAUGUGUCCCAUCUCACGCCCGAAAAUUGGGGUGAAACGGAAGACAAUGCAAUAAGUCCAUGUAUCGAGCUGCAACGGUUGCCGUUGACAAUGCAGAACGGUUACGAGUUGCGUGGAGGGCAUCUUGUGUCCUGGUCGAGCGUGCCUAAAACUGGCAGCGACGCCGAAAGUAAUGUAGAGUGGAGCGCCACGGAGAUGCGCCAUUUACUAGAGACGGUGGCAUCGGCGAUGGUGUCCACUGAGUAUGUAUUAAAUAGCCUGGUGGAGCGGAUCACACCCACUAGAACCUGCCGGGCAAACAAACUGUACCUCUUCAACGUGCUCAAGAGGUUCAUCAAGUACUGCCUGGGCGACGACGCUCAUGUGUACAUCGCGGGAUCCACGGCGAACGAUAUCGACAUCGACUACUGCAACUUGCUUUCCGUUCCGUUUUACAGCGACCUCGAUAUCGACGUAAUUUCGUCGCGUUACGGAUCCAAUGCGAUGACCAUCCUUAGGCAAAUUUUCCACAACCUGUGCGAGUCUCAGGCCGUGCUGAAAGGCGCGGGCAUGGUUUCGAACUGGACCAUCGGACGGUCCGCCUUCAAGCUGGUGGACUCGGCGCGGGUGCCAAUUAUCAUUAUUAGAACGAAGAACGGGAUGCUCUGCGACGUUUCGGUAAACGCAGCCAACUCACUCAAGCACAACAAGCUGUUCCACGAAUACAUCGAGAAGUACCCGAUAAUGCGUAGUCUGAUGCGGCUCAUCAAGCAUUGGCUUAAAUUCAGGGGCAUCCCUGCCACCAAGGAGGGCGGGUUCCCGACCAUCCUGUGGAUGUUCCUCUUCUGCAACGCCUUCGACACCGGGGAUACGUAUACUAUCGGCAGCGCGACGCAUGCGCGCAACGUUUCCGCCAUGUGCGAAAUGCUGCUGUCGAGGGAGAUCCUGCGUGGUGACAUCGCCUCCGUGCCGCUGACCCACAUCUCCCUGCUUGCCGCGCUCGAGAAAACGUUCAGGACGCUCGCCGAGGGCAACAACCUCAUCGAAAUGGUGAACGCCGCCACGGCCUACGGGCGGGUGCAGGAUGCUGUUAACAGGACCAAGCCGACCCGGUGGAGCAUGGGCGAGAUCGGGCGGAAGCUUGUGGAACUUAUCGACGUGGAGCCUCACGUGCCUUUCGCCACGUGGCUGGUGUAUUAUUACGAGAUCUGCAGAACCGAGGAGAGUCUUUCGAAGUACAUGGAAUGUAUCGAGACGCUGGUAUCGCUGUCCAUCUGCCUCCGCGUGUACGAGGCCCUUGGCAACCCGGAUAACAUCAACGCGAUGCUCGAGAUCAGGGCGCUGAUCGUCCAGGUGAAGCACGUUUUUGGCUAUAACCUAUUUUACCUGCUGCACGAGAGCAGGCCGGUGGUGGAGAACGUCCAGAGGUACGUGCAGCGCACGGCGCACAUGCUGCGCAUCAAGCCGGACACCCCAGACAUGAUGGAAUGUACUCGCAUGCUUAUAAAUCACGUUUCCGAGCAGCUAUCGACCAUCGUCACUGGCGUAUUCUACGAGUCGUACGACAAGGUUUACUCUAUUCCUGCCUCCAUCGAGCCGCCGAGCCCGCUGAUGCCCAAGGCGCAGCGCGACACCCACGACUCGUCGUGCAGCACUCCGUACAUGGACGGCGGCAUCUGGAGCGACACUGGAUGGCUCAUUGUGGCGUUGGAGGGCAAGCUGCACAUCGUCAAGGCCUUCAAGGUGUGCGUCAAGUGGGACAGCUGGUGGUCGACGUACUUCGUCAGUCGCCGCGACUCCAAGGCCGUGUUCCACGGCUUCACGUACCGUCAGGUGAGCGUUGCAGGCCGUGGCGACCGUAAACCCGACAGCGAGCUGCCCAGGGUGCUCAUCCGCCAGGGCGCGCUGGAGCUCUUCCACCCGUGCGACAUCGUGUCACGGCUGUACGUCGUCAAGGUGAUGAAGGGCGAGCAGAGCAUCAGCUCUCACUACUACAGCCUCGACAUGUUCACCGGCACGAGGACGUUGUACGUCCUGCCGGGUUUCGAAGUAGCCCGCUUCGAGCAGCUGUGCCGCGUGUCCGCCAGGCUGCUUGCGAGCGCGGGCCCCGACGCCUUCCGCACGAUUCCGCGUCCCGACAAGUGCCGCCACUGCGGCGCGAUCACGGUGCCGGGUCGCUUCGUGCCCAACGAGCUGAAGACAUCGCAACGCAAACGCAAGAACCUGCGCCACCUGCUCAUCUGCCCCAGGUACAACGAGUACUACCGCCAUAUGCAGGCGAGCCUGUGGCGCGUGGAGCGCAGCAUCCGCCGGCAACCUAUCUAG